AUGUCUCAUACAACCUACUGUCAGGUCCAAUACCCGAGACUUUAUCUCGCUUCCUCGUCUCAUCUCCAUCUGCAUUCUGUGGGCAACCCGAGUCUAUGCAUCGAUUGUCGUGGGAACCAGACCGACGAGGUUUGCACUUCGAACACUGGUUUCAAGCCAUGUCAAAGCAAGAGGAGAGGGCUUACCAUAGUGGAAGUUGCAGCCAUAUCACUUGCCACUACGGUGGUUGUUUUUUUGCUUCUUGGACUGCUCUGUUUGAUCAUCGCGUGGAGACCCAAGAGGUACCAUGAGAUGGCUGCUGCCGGGCUGGAGGGCCUACCGUUGCUUCUCAAAAAGGUUAUGGAAGCUACUGAGGAUCUGAAUGAGAAGCAUAUUAUAGGAAGGGGAGGUCAUGGAACUGUGUACAAAGUUCCAAUGGACAAUGGGGAGAUCUUUGCCGUGAAGAAAGUCAACUUUGCAGGCCAUAGAGGCGAGAGCAGAAGCAUGAUGAGAGAGAUCAAGACAAUUGGCAAGAUUCGGCAUAGGAAUCUCAUCAAGCUGGAAGAUUUCUGGUUCAGGAAGGACUAUGGGCUGCUUCUCUACAAUUACAUGGAGAAUGGGAGCCUUCAUGAUGUUCUUCAUGGCAACUUCGAAGAAACUAUAGAAUGGGCUGUGAGGUUUAGGAUAGCCCUUGGAACUGCUCAUGCUUUGGAGUACCUGCAUAAUGACUGCAACCCUCCAAUAGUACAUUGUGAUAUCAAGCCACAGAAUAUUCUUCUGGAUUCCGACAUGGAGCCUCACAUUUCUGAUUUCGGCAUAGCAAAGCUCCUCGAUCACUCGUCUGGGGUCUCGACACAGUCGAUGAUGGUUGAUGGAACCAUAGGAUACAUGGCUCCAGAAAUGGCAUUUGCAACGAGCAAGAACAAGGCAUCAGAUGUUUACAGCUACGGGGUCGUGCUGCUCGAACUGAUCACAGGGAAGGAGGCCGUGGAUCCAUCUUUUUCAGAAGGAAUCGACAUCGUGACAUGGGUUCGAUCCACUUGGGAUGCCGACCAUGACGUAAAGACCAUAGCUGAUCCCAGGCUUGCUGAUGCAGAUCAAGAACUGUUCCUCGAUUCAAGCGUGACGGAGCAAGUAGCGAGAGUGGUCAUGGUUGCUCUGAGAUGUACAGAGAAAGAUCCCAACAAGAGACCCACAAUGAGAGAUGCAGUGAAGGAACUGUUAGGUCCUAAUGUUCCCUUAACAAAAGCAAAUGCAGGUAGCUGUUGACACUGCCUGCUCCAGUGAUUUCCUUGAACAGUGAGAUUAGUUAGUGGCACAUUUUGUAGCUUCUUUGAUGAAUGUUUAGGAGAGAAAAAAAAAAGCUGAUCAUGUUUGUCAUAUCAUGGCACUGCAAAAAUGUGGGUAUUGCGUUUGGCAGUAAAGGAUCGAAUGUCGACCCUUUUAUUUAUCUGCAGAGAGAGUAAAAUCCUAGGCUGGCAACGAUAGUUACACAUAACCAAACA